AAGCUUAAAACAAUGUGUGUGGUUUUUUUCCUAAGCGGCCAAAUGUGAAAAUAUCAAAGUCAAACUAACUUCUUGCUCAGUGAACACCGUGGCCUCUCUUGACCAUCACCUUGACACCGGGGCUGACAUGAUCGUGUCCAACGCGAGCCUGAGCGGCGGCGGCGGCGGCGGCUGCGCGUGGGUGUCCGACAGCGCCGCGUGCGCCGCAGCCGGGGAAGCACCGCCCGGGGGCGGCUCGUACCGGACCACCCUCACCCCGACGGGGAACCUGGUGGUCGCGGUGUGCUUGGGAUUUAUCGGCUCGUUCGGACUCGUCAACAAUUCCCUGGUGCUGGUGCUCUUCUGUCGCUACAAGAUUUUGCGCUCGCCCAUUAACCUGCUCCUGAUGAACAUUUCCAUCAGCGACCUGCUGGUGUGCGUGCUCGGAACUCCGUUCAGUUUCGCCUCCAGCAUGCGCGGACGCUGGCUGUUAGGGAAAGGUGGCUGCAUCUGGUACGGAUUCGCCAACUCCCUGUUUGGCAUCGUGUCCCUCAUCUCCCUGGCCGUUCUCUCCCACGAGCGCUACAGCACCAUGAUGGUACCGGCCGAGGCCGAUCCCUCCAACUAUCGCAAGAUCGGCGCCGGCAUCGUCCUCUCUUGGGCGUACUCCCUGGUCUGGACGAUGCCUCCACUCUUAGGGUGGAGCCACUACGGCCUCGAAGGUCCAGGCACCACCUGCUCAGUGAACUGGACGGCCAGGACGGCGAACAACAUCUCCUACAUCGUCUGCCUGUUUGUCUUCUGCCUGGUGGUUCCAUUCCUGGUUAUCGUGUACUGCUACGGGAAGCUGUUUUGCGCCAUUAGACAGGUAAGCGGGAUCAGUGCAUCAAUUAGCAGGAAACGUGAGCAGCGCGUAUUAUUGAUGGUGGUGAUCAUGGUGAUCUGCUACCUCAUGUGCUGGCUGCCGUAUGGUGUCAUGGCCUUAUUGGCUACCUUUGGGCCACUGGGCCUGGUCACUCCUGAGGCCAGUAUCAUCCCAUCAGUCCUGGCAAAGACGAGCACCUUCAUCAACCCGAUCAUCUAUAUCUUCAUGAAUAAACAGUUUUACAGAUGUUUCCAAGCCCUGCUGCGCUGCGAGUCCCCUCGACGAGUCUCCAGCAUGAAGAGCUCCUCCAGGGUUGCCACCAAGGUCAUCAAGGGCGCAGCGUUGACCAGCCCCCGCCGCACUAAUGAUUUAUUAUACAUGGUAGUGUGCCUGGGUAAGCCAGCUGCCGCUAUCCCCCGACUGGGCCCUGCCUUGGAACUCACAGAUGACAUCAGUAAAGCCCACUCCUUAGACAGCAAGCCUGCCCUACAACCUCAAGUCUCCAAUUCUGGUGGGUAACGUGUGUUGCAGCUGGUUUUCGUCAGCCAGCAGCUCAUCAAUAAUUGAGAGAGGCCGAGUAAAUAAAGCUUGGACUGCCAGUACAGGUGGAUUCAGCACAGAUUUGUCAUUUCUGCUCAGGCUAGUGGAAGUGAACAAAUAAAGGUUACCUUAACAACACUAGACGGAAGAGGUUAUAAAAUUUGCAGAGGCUGAGCAUGCGAACUGCAUCGCAGAGAAAAGAAUAUUUGUAUUUGAGGAUGUUAUUGGAUAAAUACCAGAGCAGCCAUGGGCAAACUAAGGCCCGCAGGCCAGAUGCGGCCCGUUUAGCUUUUUGAUCCGGCCCGCCAAACUUUUCCCAAUU